UGUACUUAAUCUGAAGGCUUCAUCGCCUACCAAGACAUAUGGAAGAACCUGAUCAGUAUUUGGUAGCUUGUUUGGAGGUGGAAAAAUGGAACCAUCCCUAACUUGUUGGCCAAUUUUUGAUUUAUCGAAGAUGCCACUGUCUCCUUCUUUUCCAUAUGAACCAACAUCAAUAAAAAUAAAUUUAUAAUUGGCGUCGACAACAGCAAGCAAGACAAUGGAAAAAAAGUCUUUAUAAUUAUGAAAUAAAGAUCCACUGUGUGAAGGACAUGGAAUUCGUAUGUGCUUACCGUCGACAGCUCCUAGUGGACGACUGCAAAAAACGUUGGAAAAAUAUUAAGGAUACCUACAAUAGAAGAAGAAAAAAAAAGAAAAAGCACAGGUUCUGCUGCAUUGCCCAAACAGGCGAAAUGGGCUUUAGCAGACAUGUUGUCCUUCCUGGACCAAACCGAGCACAAACGCCCAAGUACAUCUCUCGGAACUGAUCAACACGAAGAGAAUGACAUGAUGAGUGAGGAAGACACGCAAAAUGAUACUGAGUCAGAGGAAGUGUCUCAAGAAUCAUCUCCAAGUAGUUCUGCCUCUGUCCUGACAGACAUUAACCCGGCUCGAAAUACGGUAGCAGAUGCAAUAAAAAAACAGUUUUCCAAAUCAAGUCGCGGCAAAAAAGAGAGGAUAAAUGACGACAUUAUCGCUGCAAUAAAAGAAAGAAGUGCUGAAAGAAAUGAAAUAUUUAAAAAAAUUGGUCCAAGCAAACCAGAUUCUCUGGAUUUGUUUUUCCAAAGUAUUGCAGCUUCAGUAAAGGCAUUGAGACCUGAGUUAAUCAAUGAAGCGAAAUUGAGAACAAUGCACCUGGUAUUCGAACUAGAACAGAGAAAUGCUGGUGAACCUCAGCCAUCCCCAGCACCUCGUUAUGAACCUCAGCCAUACUCAGGACAUCGUCAUGAACGUCAGCCAUCCCCAGCACCUCGUCACGAAACUCAGCCAUCCCCAGCACCUCGUUGUGAACCUCAGCCAUAUUCAGGAUCUCGUCUUGAACCUCAGCCAUACUCCGGACCUCGUCAUGAGCCUCAGCCAUACUCAGGACCUCGUCAUGAACCUCAGCCAUCCCCAGCACCUCGUCAUGAAACUCAGCCACACUCAGGACCUCAUCAUGAUGAACCUCAACCAUACUCAGCACCUCGUCAUAAAUCUCAACCAUACUCAGAUUCUCAUCCUGGAUCAAGUCAGCAACAAAAUGCUUUUGAACUUACACCAGGCCCAGCAACCCCUUGUGCAACGAGUUGAGGCAAUUUACGUACGACUUACAAUUCGCCGUCAUCAGAAGAUUACUUAUUAGAUCUAGAUAACU